CCUUUUUAUGUACAGAAUGUGCACUAGUGUACACAUUUGUUUAAAAUUGAAAUCAUUCUUUAUAAAUGGAUAUUUCUUUUGGACUGCAACUACAGGAAAAGCUCGAUUUAAACUUUUAACCCUAUUGGCUGGGGAGUCUGAAUCUAUGUAUAGCCUAGGGUGGGGCGUUCAAAGCCCCCCCCCAAAAAAAAAAGGCCUUAGAGUAUAGGUAUAGGGGCGAAAUGCAUGAUCAUAGUUUUAUUUUUCAAGGCGCGCCAGCUCAAAUUUGGAACAAUAACUUUAAUAGUUUAGGUGCUAGGAAGGGUUGAAAAAAUGCAAAAAAAGGGGUAAAAUAAAUGUAACAUUUAUAGUGUUUUUAAACAGAUACCAAGAUGUAGAGUUUGUAAAUUGCGUAAUUUUCCCCCAAAAAAUGUUGAGCAAUUGUAACUUUUGAUUGAUUUAAUUUUCAGUUAUCAUAGACAAAACUUGGAUGAAAAUUAUUAUUAAUUAACGAUUGAUAAAUACUGUUGUGUCGUGGUUGAGAAUAAUUAAACAAAAGUGUUACAAUGUAUUUGAAUCGGAAAAGGUCACAUUUAUUUUUAUCAACAACUUUUGAAAAGUUGAAGUCUUGUAACUCCUCAACUUGAUAAAUAUUUUUUUCAAAUAGAAAAAAGUGUAGAGGAUAAAAUAAUUUUCUAGGAUUUAAAAGCAAAAACUACAUUUGCAAAAACUACCCUGAUUUUUUUGUAGAGCCUUGAAGAUCUGAAAGCACAAUAAAUGGCAAGAUGAUAAAUUUAAGUUUACUGCUAUCUGUGUUGGUUCCCUUUACCCUGGCUGAUAUGAACCACUCUCAAGUACUUGAAUUUAUAAAUAACCUAAGCAGAAUCAAACCAGAUCUUCUUAAGCCAGUGGUGAACCUGGUUCUUUGUGAUGAGAGUGAUGAAUUGAUUGCUGGAGCUCUAGAUUUUCACUACUCAACCCAUCCACACCUAAACAUUAAACAAAUGCUGAAUUUAACUAGUAAAAAUCUGGAUGAUACAACAUUAAUUUUUUGCAAGAUUCCAAUUCAGGAAAAAUUAAUUGUAAAUGAAGCAUUUGCCAUUUUUCCCGCUUCUGCUGAAUGGGUUGUUUCAAGGUUCAUGAUGGAAGGAGAAGAAAACAGGAAAUUUCUGGUUAAGAAUAAUUCUGAAAUAUUUGAAAUUAUAACUCUUAAGUCUGUGGAUGACAGUAUCACCUUGCAGUUACCUAUAAAUCACCCAGCAGAGGACACUAGAAUUGAUUUGAAUGGCAUAAUGUUAACUGUAGGUUAUUCUGACUCAACAGUAUUGUCCAGGAGGAAGGAUGACAAACUUGAAGGAAAAAUUGGCGCAACCUUCCACGCGAUGAGCAAAAUUAUGAAUUUUACAUACAAGCUUGUUCCAUCAAUUGAUGGCUUCCAGGGGUCAAAAGUUCCUGGGGGAAUAAAACACAAAGGAAAAACUUCUGUAUUCAAUGGAUUAAUUGGUAUGCUUGAGAGAAAAGAGGUGGAUAUUGCUGGGUCCGGACUUUUUGUUACAUUUGAUAGAACACAGAUUGCAGAUUUUGGAGGAAGCAUUCUUCGGCUGGAUACAUUUUGUUUCAUGUCUAGACCUGGAAAUGAAAUUGAUUUAAUGGCUUUUUUUAAACCAUUGAACCCGAGUAUUUGGGCGUGGGUUUUCUGCUCUGCGUUGGGUCUAACUUUGGUUCUCUUUACUCUUUCCUACAUCACUCACAAUGAAACUCAGCACAGUAUGUCUACUCCCAAGGGCAGGACAAUUCAACUCUGGCGUCAGAUUUUGGCUAACAACUUGGCCCGUUGGAGACGUAAAAAGAAAAUUCUUAUCACUGUUCCAAAUCAAGAACAAAAUGAACCCACAAAUAUUGGAAGAUGCGUUGACCUUCUGAGUUUCUCAUUGAGAGCACUAGGAGCUGUUGAAACCUUCCUUCUUCCAGAAACCAGGUUUAAGAAAGCCUGGAGAAUUUGCAUGCUGACUUACUUAGUUCUGGGAUUCUUUGUUGUAGAAACAUACAAAGCAGAACUAACAUCUUAUCUCACUAGUAAAACUGCAAAACUACCAAUCCAAAAGAUGGAAGAUAUACUAGAUACAGACAUAAAACUCUCUCUUCCAUCAGGGACAUCAUUUGUGUCUAGACUGCAAUUUUCAGAACAGAAUGUAGUUUUUCAGCGAUUGUGGAAGGAAAAGGUAUAUGGUCAAGAAUAUGGAUUAAUAACCUGGGUUCAGGGAGAUUUUGACAAUAUUUUGAAAGCUGUUCGAAGCAACUACCUUGUACUUGGUUACGGUGAUGAAGCUGAGGCGUUCAUGGCUGCAUACCCUUGUGAGUCAGCUAGGAUAGCAGUUCUAUCAAUUAUAUCUCAUAUUUUCUAGCUUAAUACCCUUUUGUGUCAGCUAGGAUAGCAGUUCUACCAAUUAUAUCUCUUAUAUUCUAGCUGAAUAUCCUUGUGUGUCAGCUAGGAUAGCAGUUCCACUAAUUACAUCUCUUACAUUUUAGCUGCAUAUCCUGAAUCGGGCUUGUCCCAAACCCUACUGCUCCAAAACUAAAAGUAUUCAUUAUUUUAAUUUACUCCACUCUGUCUCUGUAUUCAAGGAAUCGCCAACCACCAUGCACAGUAUCUGGUAUAUCUCAUCGCUCAAUAGUACAGUCUAAAAAAGAACAAAUAAGAACAAUUUUUUGGGCUAGUUUAUACAGUCUGAAGACUUUCUAGUCCGCAAACUAGUGUCUGUAAUUGUAAAUAUGUAAUAUAUCACUGAUUUUAUUCCAUGACCAUAACUUGUACAUAUAUUGUUAUCAUUUAAACUGUAAACUACUUUGAAAUAUACAUUAUUAUUAUUAUUAUUAUUAUAUCUCUUAUAUUCUAGCUGCAUACCCUUGUGAGUCAGCUGGGAUAGUAGUUCCACCAAUUAGAUCUAUUAUAUUCUAGCUGAAUACCCUUGUGAGUCAGCUAGGAUAGCAGUUCUACCAAUUAUAUCUCUUGUA